UCCUUAGAUGCCUUUUUUCCAAAAUGAAGAACAUGAAAGUCUCCACAAAGAAAUGCGUCGACACACAGAGCGAGAUCCUCUUGGUGGUAAAACUAGUGAAUCCGGUUUAGCUACCAGAUGCAAACAAAGAUGAAUGAUGCCAUCUCAGAAAAGGCAACAGAAGGUGUCUGCAUGUGUGAUUGCUUCUUUGGUUUUUUUAGAAGGACUACUUUUAGUUUUUGUCAUACAUAUUUGUCUCAGUUGGAGGGACACUGUUGGAGAGAGUUCUCAGCAUCUGACCUCUGACCUCGAUGGCGACAAGUUCGCUGGCUGCAGAACCAAGGUCGCGGUUCUGAAUGACGAGGCCAUGAAACAAAAAUGGCACACCUGCAGCGCACAUUUCAGCAAGGCCUGGAGCAAAGCAGGGCAAAACCUGACAGAACCAGCAGACAAGUACAUGGAGAAAAGCCAUUCUCUGGCUUUAAACAUGUUCACCGAAGAGGUGCUGAAACAGGGGAACAAGAACUCUGAAGCCGCAGAAAGGACUCCAGAACAAAGACGUGCUUUCGAACCCGUCUCCCUUUAUUCCUCCCUAAGUGAGGCAAUUCUAAUUUUAAAACAAAAUCAGGUGAUGUGUCUGAGUACAUACUACAGAUCCGAAACCGUUUUGGCGCUCAACGUCUCCGCUGGCCUGGUUCGAUUCAGCACCUUCAUUUUAGGCUCUAAUGAGUGGCAUUCUGAUGGAAAUGUUUCAUGUUUUGAUGUAUACUCUUGCUUUGGAGCAAACAUAACUAAAUAUUCCAUCCUUAAAGGAAAUAAUCAAGUCCUGAUUCCUCCGUAUGAAGUUUUUACAGUCACUGAUGUCCAGAAACAAACCAGUUCAUGUAAAAUCACCUACAAACUGAGAAGUAAUCUGAACUGUGUUUAUGACGAAGAGCACAACCAGUUGCAUUCCAUAUCUGCAUUACCUGCAGAGGGAUUUUGGCUCAUUUUCACCAUCAUUUGUUUUGUCCUUCUGUCGCUUUUACUGCUCUGUGUUAUUGUGAAACUUUACCGGAGAAUCAGCUCGGCUGGCAGAGUUUCAAAUUUACAUAUCACUGUCCAAUCCCAUUAUAGCCUGUAAUGCUGCUGGCAUACAAUGCAAUAGAUAUAAAAAGAGAAAAUAUAAACAACUUUUUACCUCAUGUAAUUUUUAUUUUUUUGCAAACACAAACACGGAGGAGAACUUCUGUUCUCCAACAAUCUGCAGACCGGUGGGGUGAACGCCUCUUUUCAGUCCAUCCAGAACCUGAGCGUGACCAGGAGGCGUCUCGCUUAGGAAAAGGUGUUUAUAGAGGCGUCAUCCAUACAUGCUGUGCAAGUCUAAUACAUUCAGUUUGUCCGACAACCGGGAAAAUGCAUUUCUCCAGAAGAGAUCUCCCCAGUCCUGACGGAGCUGAGGGAGAGAAUACCAGGUGCAGGAAAAGACUUGUUUAUUAAUAAACAAGAAAUAUCUUGUUUAUUGGAAUCAGUGAUGGUCUGGCUCGACUCCUUUGACGGCAGCAUGGAUAGAGAAUUGUACAGUGCAGGCAGUUGUUCAGUUUGUGAGGUGGAUUCUUUAGAGCUUGUGAGCAAAGACCCGCUGGUUGUACUCCCAUUUUCACCAUGGGAAGACAGCUUAUCUCUUUUCAGCUGUUGGGUGUAUUUGGGGAUCAAAUGGAUUUGUUCAGCCUGCGGGUCAAAGUUAAAUUACAAACACUGCCUCACUGACAACAAUAUUCUGAUCUUUUUUCUGCCACAGUCAACCAGACAAUCAUUUAAAGCACAAAGUCAUUCCCAACCCGAGCAUCGAUGUACCUGGAGAAUGUGGAACGGAGCGCUACAGCCUUUGUCAUCUGUGGUUCUGACCCGGCCCAGUUUCUCUCAACUUUUCUUAAGAUCAUAAAGUUGAUCAGUGGUGCCWGUGGGCACUCAGUAUUUGUCUAAAUGAUUUAAACAAAAGUCAGUCUGACUUUUGUUGCCUGUAAAAAAAAUUUUUUUWAAAAAUCUUCUAGGAAUGUCUUUAGAACAAUGCUGAAAGUUUUUUUUUUUUUAACUCUUGUGUAUGGUUAUGUAGUGAAAGCUAUGUGGUUAAAUGUUGUAUAUAAGACGUUUGCCCUCCAAUUCUGACUGCCUUAGUGUUAUGUAAGGCAUGCAUGACAAAUAAAGUCAACAAUAACACAGUGACAAUAGCUAAUAAAGUUUAUUCAUCCGUUUAAGAAAACUGUUAAACAAUAAUUACAACAAAGAACCAAAUAAACCUCAAAGGGCAGUAAAAAUAUACCAAGUACAAUACAAUAUUCCAAGUGGAAGAACAAAGAGCGACUUUCAGCAGCUAAACAGGAAUGGCACUUCUGGGGUCUGUUUCACAAMRCUGGAUCGWCUCGAAGUGCACCUGAAUAUUCAAGCAGACACUGAGAUGAGCUUUAAGUCGGAUGUGUUCGAAGUUCAUGAGACAGAUUCCAGAUAGCAGAAGACGGCAAACCAGCUUGUCUGAGCACAAACCGAAUCGGGAGGUGAAGAGGAAUGAAAURCAUUACAGCAAUCACUAAAAUCAAAUAACAGCAACGUCUACUAUUUAAAAGGAAAAAAGGAGAAAUCAUCUGCCUGGAAAUUAACAAGACGGGUAAACGUCAAAGCAGCCACAAAGCAUCCAUUUGCUUCACAACUUAGGAAAUAAUACGCCCCCUUGUGGGGGGUUUCAUUAGAAGCAACUGGACAGCAAAARUAAAAGUGCAGCACUACAAAGAAUCUCGAUAUUUAAAUGAAAAGAAUUAAACUGAACUAAUUUCAGAAUAUCAACUUCAUUGAUGAAAACACAUUAAGCCCGACUCAAAUCAAAGCGUUUAAUUCACGUCUGUGAAAGCUUCACAAACCCUCAUCACACACUCAAAAAACGAUUUACCUUGUCCAUUUUCAGUCCGUCAGCACAUUCAUGGCACAUCAGUAAAGAAACCCAGAGCAGGCUCAACAUAAGAAAUCUACAAUAUUAAUCAUUAACAGCCGUAUUUACAAGAGCUAUCGGGUUACUCUUUUAAACAGAGCAGAGAUUAACGUUCCACAUACACUUUGCAUUAUUUUAAUAGCCCAAGGUGGAUCAAACAUGUCCCUGGAUCGAUGUUUACCUGACAAGAGAGGUGGUCGAUACCAGACUAGUAAGCAUCUAUAAUCUA